ACCACCCGAGCGCGCAGAGGGGCCAAGGGCCGCGCGCCCGGAAACCUCCCGCGGGCGUCGCCGCGCGCGCAGAGGCGGGGGUCGUGCGCGCGCCGCUGCCGCGGAGGCCGGAGUUAACAGCCGGGUUAGGCAACGUGCUUUGGCCCGCGGUCCCUCCCAACUUGUAGCAGGGACCGCGCGCUGGCCAGCCCGCCUCGACCAGCGACUGGACUGAGAGCGGCAGUGUCUCCUCGCUGGGCGCUCGUCGCGCGACUCCCCCCCCCAAUCCCGCGACCGCUGGUGUUCGAGGGGCCGAGCGCCGCUCGAGAGAGCGCAGUGGCGGCGGGAAAGGGUUGCAGACCGACCCGCGGCUCGGAGUUGCUCACUGGACGCCACAGCCCCGGUGUCGACGCCAAGAGCAGGUCCUAUUACUGCUGGAUUGUGCAAGAUAUUUAACCCUGUUUUCUUUGAGGUAUGACUUAAAAAUUAAACAUCUUGAAUAAGAAAAGGAAAACAUUUUAGUUUUGGAAGUCAGGAUGCCAAGGAGAAGGAAAAAUCUUGGGGGAAAUCCUUUUCGGAAGACUGCAAACUCUAAGGAAGUUGUUGUAUCCAGUGUUGCUAGUCAUGAGGAACCAACUACUACUCUUCCUUCCAUAUGUGAGAGAAAAGUUGAUCAGGAAGAACUCUUCACCAGUAUCUCAGAGAUGUUUUCUGAUCUGGAUCCCGAUGUAGUAUAUUUGAUGCUUUCUGAAUGUGAUUUCAAAGUUGAAAAUGCCAUGGAUUGUCUAUUAGAAUUAUCUGCCACAGAUACCAAGAUAGAACAAUCAUCUUCAAAAAGCUCCAUUGCUUCUGAGAACCAAGUAAGUGCAGCAAGACAUGAAAUAAUGGACAAGUGUCCUCCCGAAGAAGAGAGUGAAGAUUCCAAAAUGGAUUCAUUUUUGGACGUGCAACUAACUGAGGACUUGGAUUCCUUAAUACAGAAUGCUUUUGAGAAAUUGAACUCUUCUCCUGAUGACCAAGUAUACUCAUGUUUGCCUUUGCAAAAUGUUAAUAGUUUGGGUGACCUGAGUGCAUUUAUAAAUUCAGAUUCAAGUAGUAUGACUCCUGUUCUGUGUACACAAAAUAUGGAUUUGAACAGUGAAAAUUUAGAGAAUUCUGCCUCUCUUUUAAGUUCAAACCCCUUAACUUCACAUUCAGCUUCGAACGAGUCCAAAAGUGUUAUAAAAUAUAACACAUUGGAAGAUUCUCUUCUCAGUAAUUCUUUAAGUGCAGUAAAUGACACUAUGGUAGAUUGUAACAAUCUCAAUCAAAGAGAGAAAGAGCUUUUAGAAUCUGAGUGUGUUGAGGCUCAGUUCUCUGAAACCCCUGUAGAUUUGGAUGCCAAUGAACCUCAGGCUCCUUUAAAUGUGCAAAAUCCAGGGCUUGGUUUACUGGGUAUAGGUGGGGAUCAGAAAUCUACCUCUAUCCCUGAUGUGUUUGUACCUUCUGAAGAAUUCAAUUUCAAGGCACACAAUCAUAGUGAACUGCCACCAAAGGAGAAGGAUGUGAAUUACUGCCCAGUGCUUACCCCUCUCCCUCUACUGCUGCCUCCUCCUCCUCCACCAAUGUGGAAUCCAAUGAUUCCUGCUUUUGACCUCUUUCAAGGAAACCAUGGCUUUGUAGCUCCUGUUGUAACCACAGCUGCACACUGGAGACCUGUCAACUAUACGUUUCCACCCCCAGUUAUUUCUCACACUUCCCCAACAAAGGUAUGGAGAAGUAAAGAGGGAAAAAGUGCUUAUCAAAUACAAGAAACUCCAGUUUCUCAGGUUGUAAGAAAGAAGACAUCGUCUUAUGUUGGACUAGUUCUUAUUCUUCUCAGAGGGCUUCCGGGAUCAGGAAAAUCUUUUCUGGCAAGGACCUUGCAAGAAGAUAAUCCGAGUGGAGUCAUUCUUAGUACUGAUGAUUAUUUUUAUAUAAAUGGACAGUACCAGUUCGAUGUAAAGUACUUAGGAGAAGCACAUGAAUGGAACCAGAAUCGUGCAAAAGAAGCAUUUGAGAAGAAGCUAUCUCCUAUAAUAAUAGAUAAUACAAACCUACAGGCAUGGGAAAUGAAGCCCUAUGUUGCUUUGUCUCAAAAAUAUAAAUAUAAAGUCCUUUUUCGAGAACCGGACACAUGGUGGAAGUUCAAACCAAAGGAACUUGCAAGGCGUAAUAUUCAUGGGGUAAGCAAAGAAAAAAUAACAAGAAUGUUGGAACACUAUCAACGUUUUGUUUCAGUGCCAAUAAUCAUGAGUUCUUCAGUUCCAGAGAAAAUUGAACGUAUUGAAUUGUGUGCAUAUUCUUGUGAGGACAGAAGUUCCAGCCCAAGAGAGAAUGAAGAUACUACCUCUGAAAAAGAAGAAAAUGUUUUUUCCUCAUCUUUGAAGCACAUAGAGUUAAGUGAAGAGAAGACACUUGAAGUGACCAAAGAAACUAUGUUACUGGAGAAUGUUACAUGUCUCUCUAAUGCUUAUUUAAACAAAGAAAGAAAAGAAAGAAGUGGAAUGAAUCCUCAUAUUCAGAGUGCUUUCAUUCAGGAAGUUUCAGACAUGUAUUUUUCUGAUUCUGAAAGCAAAGUACAAGUAACAGACAAAAGUAAAAAAGAAGAGCAAGUAGAAAUGGUCUCUGAAAAAGAGUAUAAUAAAACUGAUGCAGAUAGUUUUAUAGAGAGAAUGCCACCUAAUAUUAGCUACAGUGAAAAUAAUCAGGAAGUCUUUGAUCUUUCAAAUUCUAUAUCACUUCAAAAUGAAAACUCUUCACCUGGUGAAAUACUGGAAGAAAAAGCAAUGGUAAAGAAAAACGCCUUUGGAAAACAAAAAAGCAAAUCAACUUUGGAAAAGUUCCCACGACAUGAGCUAUCAAAUUUUGUCGGUGAUUGGCCAGUUGAUAAGACUUUUGGUCAGAGGACAAAAAGGAACCGAAAAACUGAAAAAGCUUCAUCUGUAGAAAGUUACAAAAAGUGUAAUAUCUCUCCAUCAUGCAAAGUAUUAGAUAAUAGUCUGUCUGUAAAUGUGGAUCAUAUCCAGCAAGGAGUAUCUCCACAUGAAAGUGUAGAGGAUGACAAGAAGUCACAGUGUGAUGAUGCUUCAGAAUCUUUUGGUAGCUAUAACUGUGAUAGUUAUAAAAAUACUGAAAAAAACUCAUUGGACAUUGUGGGUGAGUGGCCUUUGUCUGAUUCUUUAGCCCAGAGAGAACACAGAUCAAGAAUGCCAAAGUCUGGUUUAAAUGAACCCAACUUAGAAUUUGGAACUAAUGACAAUACUCAUGAGGCCUGUUGGAGCACAAGCCCUGAAGAACUAAAAACGUUGGGUAGCUGUAUUCUAGGAAAUUCUGAAAUGCUACCCAGUGAAAUGAUGUGUGAGAAUAAGACUUGUCCAAGUGAAAAGAUUCAUGGUCAAUACACACUGUCUCUUACUGUUAUCAAUAGUGCUCCAACUAUUCCUGGAGUAGUAAGACCACAAACUUUAACUGAAUUUCCAGAAGGAAAGCCUAAAGAAGUCCCUGAAAUAGAAGUAGGCAUGUGUACCCAGACUGAACCACAGGAUUUUGCUCUCUUAUGGAAAAUAGAAAAGAAUAAAAUUAGUGUUUCUGAUUCAGUGAGAGUAUUAACAGGAAGAUUAGAUGGAUUUAACCCAAAAGCUUUCAAUAUUAACACAAAAUUAGAUAUUCAAGAAACAAUUCCAUAUAGGGUAAUGUAUGAUAAAAGCACAUUUGUUGAAGAAAGUGAGCUUACCAGUACUGAUGAAUCUGAAAAUCUUAACAUUCUUUGUAAACUAUUUGGAUCCUUUUCAUUAGAAGCCCUAAAAGACUUAUAUGAGAGGUGUAACAAAGAUAUUAUUUGGGCCACAAGCCUUUUGUUGGAUUCUGAAACUAAAUUAUGUGAUGAUACUGAAUUUGAGAAUAUCCAAAAAUCAUAUGAUGAAGCACAAAUUGGACCAUUUUCUCUGGGACUGAAUUUAAAGGAAAUUAUUAACCAAAGAGGAAUCUUAAAGGAUUCUAGUUCUUCUGUGCCAGAAUUUAGACAUGCAGUUGGUAUCACUGACACUAAUGUACAGUCUUCCUGUUACUCAGAAAAGGGAAAUUCAGAGCAGGCAGAAAUAAGAGCUAUAACCACUGAAAAACCUGGAUUAAUAACAUGUGUAUUUCCUGGUGCCACUGUAGACCUAAAGAAUACUAAUGAAGUGAUUCCUAAUAGUCAGGCAGAACUUUCAGGUUUAUAUAACAAUCAGUCUUUUUCAGGUACACUAAAAGUUAAAGAUGUGAGUGAAAUGGAGAAGAAUCUUGAAGUCAUAGAAAUUGGAGAUAGUAUGCAUUCUUUGAAUUUGUCUGAUAUUUUAAACUCUGUAUCGAGCACAUCAGAUCUUGAAUUAAAAGAAAUUUAUUCUACUGACUCUUUUGAAAUAAAGAAAAAUGAAAAUCUUCCAAAGAAUUAUGUGAAAUUUCCAAAAACUGAAGAGUUUAUGAAUGAAGAUGAAAAGAAAAUGGAAAAAGUUCUAAUGGCAGGUAGUACUAUGUCAGCUGGAGUUAGUGAAGAAGGCAAAACUGAGAUGAUGAAUCCCACUCCAGUGAUGGCUAAAUCUCUGACCAUUGACUGUCUGGAAUUGGCAUUACCUCCUGAACUGGCUUUUCAGCUUAAUGAAUUAUUUGGUCCUGUUGGUAUUGAUUCAGGGUCUCUAACAGUUGAGGAUUGUGUGGUUCAUAUAGAUCUGAACCUGGCUAAAGUGAUUCAUGAGAAAUGGAAAGAAUCUGUAAUGGAGCGACAAAGACAAGCAGAGGUAUCCUGUGGCAAGUUGACACAAGACCCUUCCAUGGUUGAGCAUAUUGAUCUUGAUAAUACUGAACAAAAAUCUCAGAGAACAGGCAAAAAAUUACUGAAGACUUUAGCAACAUCUGAAAUGGAUCAUUGGAAUACUCAAACUAAAAAAGUAUCACUCAGAGAAAUAAUGUCAGAAGAAAUUGCCUUACAGGAAAAACACAAUAUGUUUCUGCCCAUUGAGGAGAAUAUGUUUUUGAGGACGUUGUUCACAGCAUCACACAGUGUCCCUUUUAUGAGGACCCAUGGGAGAAAUUUCUCUCAGAAAAGGGAGCCACUUAUGUUUGACAAAGAUUGUGCUACUAAACUAAAAGAGAGGCAGCUCUUUAAGAUAUUUCCAGCCAUUAACCAAAAUUUUCUGGUGGACAUUUUCAAGGACCACAACUAUUCAUUAGAACACACAGUGCAAUUUCUAAACUGUGUUCUUGAAGGAGACCCUGUAAAAACAGUCGUAGCGCACGAGUUUGUUCACCAAAAUGAGAAUGUCACUUCUCACACUGCACAGAAGUCUAAGGAGAAAAAGGCAAAGAAAUCAAGAGAGACUGAUGAUGUAUCAAGUGAACCAUCCUUCCAGGAUUUUGAGUACCCCAAAUAUGAUGACUACAGGGCAGAGGCUUUUCUGCACCAACAGAAGAGGAUGGAAUGCUAUAGUAAGGCAAAAGAAGCUUAUCGAAUGGGAAAAAAAAACGUUGCCACGUUUUAUGCCCAGCAGGGUAGUCUCCAUGAGCAGAAGAUGAAAGAAGCCAAUCACCUUGCUGCCAUGGAGAUCUUUGAGAAAGUCAAUGCCUCCCUGCUGCCACAAAAUGUUUUAGACCUCCAUGGGCUGCAUGUGGAUGAAGCCAUAGAACAUUUGAUGACAGUUUUACAGCAGAAAACUGAAGAAUUUAAGCAGGAUGGUGGUAAGCCCUAUCUCUCUGUGAUUACGGGGAGAGGAAACCACAGCCAAGGAGGAGUUGCUCGUAUCAAACCAGCCGUCAUUAAAUACCUCAUAAGCCACAGCUUCAGGUUCUCUGAAAUUAAACCAGGGUGUUUGAAAGUCAUGCUAAAGUAAAAUAAAUGCCUUUGACUUAGAAGUGUGAAGGUUUGUAGGUUAAAAUUAGUUUUAUUUACAAUAAUUUAGUCAGUUUUACUGUCAACAUGUUUUAUUAGAAAUGUACAGUUAUUAAACAAAAUUUUCAAAAUUCAAGAGAAAUUUUAUUUUUUAUGGAAUCAAAUGCCAAAUGUCUGUUAAAAAUAUUAAAGAAAAAUUGUAUUGAUUUCAAAUUUUCUAAAAAAGUUAUCAGCUCCAGUUUUAAAGUUUGAAAGUAUGCUAAUUCUUUCUGAGAGAGAAAAUGUUGUCUUUAUAUUAAUUGUUUAACUUUUAGUGAAAUCCUAAAGGUGUCAAUGAGAGGUAUUUAAAGUGCUUUGAAACCUGGUUCAUGACUUUCAAAGGCUGAUAUUAAAAAGAAGAAGAAGAAGAGGAAGAGGAAAUGAAGAGCUAACAAAAACACUGGAAUGCUUUUUGAUUACAAAAUUAAAUAUAAAAUUAUUUUGCCAUAUCCUGUAGGAAGGAAGACAUGUUGCUGCACUUUCUUCUGCGUUGUAUUUGUGUAUGAUCUUUGAUCUGUUAACAUUCCCCCACCCCCGCUCCCGUGUGUGGGCAUUUUCUAGAAGGAAAGUUAGGGUAUGAGAUUAUAUUGCAAUUUUAUACUAUCCAUAGGCAGAAAAGUUUUCAGAGAAGGAGAAAUGGGUUAGAUACCUACCAAGUGUUGCUAUCUUAUAGAACUGUUUUUAGAACUGUCUUAAGUGGUAUAUAAGACAGUACUAAGGAGCUCUUAUAUUGAGGCAUGUAAUUCGUAAAAUGCAGUAAGUCAAGAUCCCAUUAAAUACAGAAAACAUUUUUGAUAUAAUUAUAAAAUGAAUCUUUACAAUUUAGAAGUUUUUUACCUUUAUUUUUAAAAAGAGCCAACUUUCUGAAGGGGAACUUUCAUUGACUUUUGUUUUUUGGUGAGCUCAGAAGUCCUGUUAGUAUGUCAGUUAUAAUUUCCCUUACACAAGUUUAAUGUGGUAAAGUAUAAUUUUUCUAUAUGAUACAGUGGAUUAAAUAAAUUUAUUUCUGGAUAUGGA